UCCCCUGUGGCCCGCACGGGUGGACCUGGUGGUGCGCAGCUACGUGUCGGACAACUUCUUCCUCACGGCGUUCCUCUUUGCCAGCAUCGAGCAGAUGUGGCCAGCUGGCAUUGGUGACGUCAUCCUGGUGCUGGAUGAGAGCGAUCGCCACGUGGAAGACAUCGUGCCGCCCUGGGUCAAGAUCUACUAUGAGAAGAACUACCUGGGCCUGACACCCAAGCUGGUGCAGCAGUGGAGCUACCUGUGGGCCGACAACUACACCACCGCGCCCUACAUCGCCAUCAUAGACGAUGACGUCAUCUUCAACCUCAAGGUGACCCCGGGUCUUCUUUUUAACCUGACGGACGGCAAGCCGUACGUGAUAGGCAGCCGGCAGAAGCAGAUGAACCACUGGGUGCCCUCCACCCAUUACUUCGUGGGCAAGCCCUACUACUUCGCCAACUUCAUGGUGCAGCUGCCCUUUGUCUUCCCCCGUGACGUGCUGCCCAAGUUCCGAGACCACGUCACGCGCAUCCGCGACGGCAAGUUCGCCAGCUUUGACGCCGCCUUCCUCAACUUUGCGCGGCAUGGGCCCAAGUUCGAAAGGACGCAGAUCGCCCACACGACUCUGGGCAAUUUCAUGUGGGCCUUCACACAGGACGAGGUGCACUGGGCGCUAGAGUGGACCAACCACGUGCCCAUCCCACACGAGGGCGUGCACAUGUCCUACUCUACUCUGCUCACCCACCUCCCUCUUCUCCUCCAUCUUCCCCGAACUCACAGGUGCACUGGGCGCUAG